AUGAUUAAUGGUAGUCUUAGAACACUGAGAGGAGGUGUAACGGCUCGAUUAAGCAGUCUGAAAGGGAUCCACGGAGUGGACGGCCACCCUACUGGGAGCAGAGAGUCGAUGAAGGAGACGAAAAGAUGGCUCAACGUCACAGAAUACGUGGGAAUGACGCUGCUGAAGAAAAAUAAAGUCCCAGUGCCAAUUUUUAAGCUGGCUUCCACUACGGAGGAGGCGGAAAAGAUGGGAAAGCUGAUCCUGGAAAGCUCAACGUCAAAAUCACUGGUGGUGAAGGCGCAGGUGCUCACGGGAGGAAGAGGAAAGGGCAAGUUCGCACACACGGGCCGCUCGGGAGUGGAGGUGGCGGCCUCGGCCCCGGAAGCAGCGGAGUGCGCAAAGGGCAUGCUCGGAAACUACCUGACGACGAAGCAGACCGCAGGAAAGGGAGUGCUCUGCAACGAAGUGCUGCUGGCGGAAAAGCUGAACCUGGUGCGCGAAAGGUACCUCUCCUUCAUGCUCGACCGCACCUCGGGAGGCAUCGUGGCAAUCGCGACGAGGCACGGGGGCGGCAACGUCGAGGAGAUAGCCGAGAAGGACCCCGCAGCAGUGCUGAAGCUGCAGGUGUGCCCGCUGAAGGGCCUGACGGACGAGGACGUGAGCAGGCUCGUCGCACACCUCGACUUCUCGGACGCGUCGCAGGCGGCGGACUUCGUGCGCAGGCUCUACGCGGCCUUCCUCAAGCUCGACGCGACGCUGCUCGAAAUCAACCCGGCGGCGGAGACGGACGAGGGCAGAGUGCUCGCCUGCGACUCGAAGAUUUCGGUCGACGACAACGCGAAGUACAGGCAGCAGGAGGUCUUCGCGGCAGGCUGCGAGGCGCGCACGAGGGAGGAGUCGGAGGCUGAGAAGGCGGACCUGAACUACAUAUCGCUCGACGGCAACGUCGCCUGCAUCGUCAACGGCGCGGGCCUCGCCAUGGCCACGCUCGACCUGAUUCAGUUCCACGGGGGCUCGGCGGCGAACUUCCUCGACGUCGGCGGCAACUCGACGAGCGAGACGCUCUCGAAGGCGCUCGACAUCGUUAACUCGGACGCGAACGCGAAGGUGCUGCUGGUGAACAUCGUCGGCGGCAUUGUGCACUGCGACAAGUUCGCGACCUCGUUCAUCGAGGCGAGCAGGCGCCUGGUGCGCCAGCUGCCGGUGGUGAUACGCCUGCAGGGCACGAACGCCGACGUGGCGAAGAAGCUGCUGAACGAGGCGAACAUUCCGCACCUCUUCUGCACGGACUUCGACUCGGCGUGCAAGUCGGCGGUCGAGAUGGCGAAUUCGUGA